AUGAUUGGAUUUAAAUUGCUUACCGUCGCCACCUGUCUGGUCGGCGUUAUCCUUGCCCAGGACUACCAGGAGUACCGACAGGCGCCACUCCGGAUCGGUACCAAGGCGGAAGAACCAAAACCGACGCCGAUUCCCAUCUUGAAGCAGAUCAACAGACACAACGAGGAUGGUUCGUACACGUACGGUUACGAAGGUGCGGACGGUUCGUUCAAGAUCGAAACGAAGCUGGCAACCGGCGAGGUAAAGGGCAAGUACGGGUACGUCGACGAAACGGGCAAGGUGAAGGUGGUGGAGUACGGUGCGAACAAGUACGGUUUCCAGCCAUCCGGCGAAGGUAUUACGGUGCCGCCACCCACGCUCGUCGACGAAACGACCGGCAAGGACGAUCUGCUCGAGGACGAUGACGGUAACGUGCCGGUUGCGCCGCGCCUGCAGAAACAUCGACCCGUCUCGAAGCCACGCUUCCAGGAGGUGCCGAUCCAGCAACACCAACAGCACCAGCACCAGCACCAGCAGCCGCAGCGUCCUCAGCAGCAGUACUACGACUACGAUGAGCAGCCAGCACCGCUGCCCCAGCCCAAGUACCAGCCCGCACCGCAGUACGUGCAGCGUUCCCACUUCGGUGCCGCACAGGCCCCAGCGCCCGCCGUAGGACCGGCGCCACCGCGCGUCCAGAUCCCGAACGCCGUACCGGUGGACGUGGUGUACGCACCGAAGCAGCUGCCCGCCCGCCCGGACGUCGAGUACCGCAACGUGGGACCGCAAACAUUCCCCGCUGCCGCACCGGCCCCCGAACCCAAGAUCCGCUACUCCCAGCCCUCGUUUGCACCGUCCGCCCUCCCACCGCAGCACACCGCCAAAUCUGCCAAUCCCGUGCCACUGCAGCCUGCCUUCCCGCAGCCCCGACCCCAGCCGGCCGUCUAUCAGCCGCGUCCUGCCCAGGGACGUAGCACGAGUGUGCUCGAUCAGCUGGCGAAGGAUUAUGCGCUACCGCAGGGAGGCGCUGCACCGCUUCACGACAUCACCUUCGGCUACUACUGA